UUUUCUACCGGCAGUUGUGGAUGUUAGUUAUUAAUGAAGGACCCUGAUGCAGGAGGACGGAAGCGUUCAGUAAACACAGAUCAAGCUAAAUAUGACCGUUUAUAAUCUGUAUAUAUUCGACCGUAAUGGAACCUGUUUACACUACAGCGAGUGGAACCGCAAAAAACAGGCAGGGAUCUCUAAAGAAGAGGAGUUUAAGCUGAUGUAUGGAAUGCUGUUCUCCAUCCGCUCCUUCGUCAGUAAGAUGUCUCCCCUCGACAUGAAGGACGGGUUUGUGUCAUUUCAGACGAGUCGUUACAAACUUCAUUAUUAUGAGACUCCAACAGGAAUUAAGGUAGUGAUGAACACAGAUCUGGGAGUUCCUAACUGCAGAGACGUCCUGCAUCAGAUCUACAGCACAGUCUAUGUGGAGUGUAUAGUCAAGAACCCACUGUGUGAGCUGGGAGGAACCCUACAAAGUGAGCUGUUCUCCAGCAGACUCGACUCGUUCAUCAGAGCGCUGCCUUUCUUCAGUGUCCGUGCAGCAUAAACUCUGUGUGUGUGUGUGUGUGUGUUGGGUUAGGGGUGUUAAGGAACUGCUAUAAUAAACAUAUUGAUAGUA